CCGCCGCCGUAGGAUGAAGCAGCAUGAGGAUGUGUGACAGAGGCGUCCAGAUGCUCAUCACCACGGUGGGAGCCUUCGCAGCCUUCAGCCUGAUGACCAUCGCCGUGGGCACCGACUACUGGCUCUACUCGCGCGGCGUGUGCAGGACUAAGUCCACGAGCGACAACGACACGAGCGGCAAGAACGAGGAGGUGAUGACCCACUCGGGGCUCUGGAGGACGUGCUGCCUGGAAGGAACCUUCCGAGGAGUGUGCAAGAAAAUCGACCACUUCCCCGAGGAUGCGGAUUACGAGCAAGACACGGCUGAGUAUCUCCUCCGUGCAGUGAGAGCAUCCAGCAUCUUCCCCAUCCUCAGCGUGGGUCUGCUGUUCUUUGGAGGUCUGUGCGUGGCGGCCAGCGAGUUCUACAAGAGCAAACACAACGUCAUCCUCAGCGCCGGCAUUUUCUUUGUCUCUGCAGGUCUCAGCAACAUCAUUGGGAUUAUAGUCUACAUCUCAGCCAACGCGGGGGACCCAGGGCAGAGCGACUCCAAGAAGAGCUACUCCUACGGCUGGUCCUUCUACUUUGGAGCCCUGUCCUUCAUCAUUGCCGAGAUGGUGGGGGUGAUCGCCGUGCACAUGUACAUCGAGAAGCACCGCCAGAUCCGUGCCAAGUCCCACUCGGAGCUGCUGAAGAAGUCGGCCUUCACCCGCCUCCCUCCCUACAGGUACCGCUUCCGCCGGCGGUCCAGCUCCCGCUCCACUGAGCCCCGGUCCCGGGACAUGUCACCCGUCAGCAAGGGGUUCAGCACCAUCCCCUCCACCGACAUCUCCAUGUUCACCCUCUCCAGGGAUCCCUCCAAGGUCACCAUGGGGACGCUGCUCAACUCGGAGCGGGACCACGGUUUUUUACAGGUCCAUAACUCCAUCCCCAAAGAGUUCAAGGAGUCUUUGCACAACAACCCGGCCAACAGACGAACCACGCCGGUCUGAGGCGGGCCGGGGUGUUUUGUCAGGCUGCAUGACAUCAUCCUCGUGACGGUGUAUCCCGUGAAAUCCCAUUUUUAAGGACAAACCCAGAUGGCUCCCCGUGCCCCUACCCACGGGGCUGUUUUUUCACUCCCAAAAUGCCACUGGCCAGGCCAGGCCAC